UACACGCGUAAUCUAAAGCGCCAUAAAGUCACCCUCCCUGCAACCUAUGGUCAGCUGUACAUUUUCAGCAGGUUUCGGAACACACCUUUGGUGCGGGACACGUUCCCCAGGAUACAGUAUACACAGGUGUCGUGCGCAUCGCUGCGCCCAGGUCGCCGAGGAUUAGCGGGCGCGCAUGACAAUUCGGUCGCAGGUGAGGUGAGAGCUGGUAAGGAACGUAUGCGGAAGAGGUUAACGAUCGUACGCUCGCAUUCGCAAUGAGGGGAAUUCUGUGCUCGCUCGUGAUCCUCGCGAACCUGUGCGAGCGAUACGCGGUAGCGGAGCACGACGAGGACGCGUCCACGGAUCUGUUUGUGAUCGAGGGGAAGGUGUUCCCCUGGGACAACGCUGCCUCCACCGGGUGGCAGCUGAUGACGCACGUGAUGGCAAACGGUGGCGAACACUACGGCUUUCUGAGGGAAGAUGGCACGUUUAUAAUCACGAACGUCCCGUCCGGCUCUUACAUGGUGGAGGUGGUGAACCCGAAUUACGUUUACGAGCCAGUCCGGGUGGAGAUCAAUCAGAAAGGGAAAUUCCGGGCUCGUAAGGUCAAUUUGAUACAGACGUCGCAGGUGAUUCAGGUGCCCUAUCCGUUGAAAAUGAGGCCUCUGGCGCCGUUCCGAUAUUUCCAAGUCAGAGAGCAGUGGCGGUUAACGGAUUUCCUGUUCAAUCCCAUGGUUUUAAUGAUGGUUCUGCCGCUUAUACUGAUCAUGAUUCUGCCGAAAAUAAUGAACGAUCCUGAAACUAGGAAGGAAAUGGAGCAAUUAAAUAAUCUCACUAUCUAUAAUAUGCCAGAAAUGUCUGAAGUAAUAACGUCUUUUCUUUCUGGAGGAGAAAAACAAAAAUCAAAGGCUGUAAAAGCUGCUAAGAAAAGACAAUAAUGUAUUAGUUUAGUUUUAUUACCUGUAGAUUAUUAUAUGUAUAUGUUUACUCUAGUCGUUAAAAUAUAUUUAAGAUACCGACGACGAGGAACGUUCCAAUUUCUUGAAUCGAGUCUCGCGCGAGAUUGUCAAUGCGUUAAGCCUUUAAGCUCUACCGUUUUCAAAGUGCUUGAUAUACUUCUGCAGUCUCGCAACUCGCUGGAUUCGCGUCUCUCACGUCAACCGGAGAAACAACGGCGACAACUUUCGAACUUGGUACUCAAUUCGUUUUCACGCGGUUACUUUGUAUAUAACUGCAAUUUCGUAAAGUAGAGAAAUAGCUUCGUACGAAUGUAAGUAGAGGAAAAAUCUGACCUAACGUAACGACACACUAACGAUUGUGAUUGUACUCUGCGUCACAAAGAUGUUAUUUUGUUUACACUCUCUUGUGUCGGUCGCUCUCUGUGAUGUCUAGAUUAAUCCUGUCUUAUGUAAGGUGUCUAGGCACAAGAUACAAUUUUCUAAAUCCUGAAACGGGCGUGUAUCUGUAAUACCACGAAUAAAUAACAAUUGUGUAUAAAUUUUGGAAA